CGGACCUCGAGCUUCCUCGGCCCAAAACAAUGACCACAUCGCAAAUCGCACAGCAUGGCAUCUUCCACGGCCGUGUUGAUGCCCAGAAGCUGGGAAUCACUCCAAAGCAAGGUCGCUUGGUCGCCUUGAGGACCCGUGAUGAGCUGCGAGCUGCCACAGAGCUUCUUGACGCAUACGUCGUUGCAGUACCCGCUGUCUUCGCGAGUGCAGUUCUGGACGUCAUCCGGAUCGCAAUACCCAACAUUCGCGAUGUGAACAUCCAGCACCUACGCCGAGUCGUAAAUUUUCCAUUCCUUCCAGACCACAUCCAGCAGACCUUCGCUGCGUCGGCGCAAACAUGGCCUUUUCCUAACGAUCUCGACGGUGCACCUCAAGCAGGCAACUCGAAUCCUAUCGAGACCCGCUACCUCCUCGUCUCCCCAGCAUCCCUUAUAGCCCUCCCCGAUCUCGUAGCUUCGCUUGUUCGAGAACCACCCUUUUCGAUCGCAAAUAUCGUGCCCCACGUCUUCACCAUACCCGUCCCAGCCCUCGCGCCCACAUCAGCUGAAGAAGCUCAGGAAUGGAGCGAGAAAUACUGGUCGAUAUCGUACAAGAACACGAAUCCGUAUGGGCCACAUCCAAGCCUGCUUGAGAGAAAUCAAGCCGGAAUCGAGCCAUACGCUGGUACAUGGCUUGCACUAGCUGAGGUGGCAGGCGGACAAACGAGUUCCCGGGGCAUUGGGGAGAACGUUGGUUGUGUCAUCGUGCAAAAGGAGCGCAAAGAGCACAGAGUCAUCGCAGUGGCUGGAGAUGCGCGGUGGCGAGGUACUGGUGAUUCAAAGCCCUGCACAGAAGAGCCGGGAAACGUCAUGGCACAUGCUGUGAUGAGAGCCAUUGGCAUGGUCGCCAGGAAACGUGUACGGCUCGAACACUCACCUGAUGAACUAACACCAGAUGCAGCGGGAUAUAUUGCUUGUGAUGUACCACUGUCACCAGUGGAGCAUUCGUUCUUCUCCGUUGACAAUUUACCAUCCACUGGCUACCUGUGCGUGGAUCUUGACAUCUACUUGACACAUGAGCCUUGCGUCAUGUGCUCGAUGGCGAUUCUGCAUUCUCGGUUUCGACGCUGCGUUUUCGAGCAUGCAGUAAAGGCUACCGGAGGCCUCACGACCUCGAGAGAGAGUCCGUCUGUCGAGAACGGACUUGGGUAUGGCAUUUCCUGGAGACCAGCAGAGCUAAAUUGGAAGUUUCUAGCUUGGCAAUGGGAAAAUGAAUAAUUACAUACUCCACAUAUUGAGCGCCGACUUUUGAGUUCUUCGAUGCGUUUCAAGGACAUUGGCUGACUUAGGGCGUUAUGUUCUUCACAAUCGGAAGUUCUAACACCGCGCUGCGUUCUGCCAUGUGCCAUUUUGAUAUCCGCUCUUAGUAUUCUUUGAAUGAAAAUAGUUCCCACUACCCC